AUGAAUUUGAUGACAAGUAAUUCUUUCUGGUUGAUUGAACAAAAAUGUUAUAUUAUAACCGACGACGAAAGAGCGUUCAAGAAUGCGUUUUAUGAAACUUUUCCAGCGAUGAAACAACUGCGCUGUCGCACACAUAUUUAUCGUAAUAUUUAUAAAAAUAUACUAAAAUUUCGUUCAGCUAAACCGUCGCCUACCGAUGAUGAACAAGAAGAAAAAAUUGAUGAUACUGAAGUACAAGUAUUACCGGACCAAUCGGACACUACAGAUGAUAACAAUGAAACGUUGAACGAUAGUGUAGAAAUGGAAGAUGAAGCAAUAGACAAUAUUACGAACAGUUAUAGUAAUGAGGAUACAAACAUUUAUGGUCAAAUAUUGCUGGAACACGAUUACUGGUUUAAGCAAGAAAUUAUUUUUGUCAAAGAAAAGAGAAGAGAAACGGCCUGUCGUAUGAUCAAAGAUUGCAAAUAUUUAUUUUCAUUAAAUUCAUUUGAAAAAUUUCAAUCGGAAUUGAAUAAUAUGCAAGUUAAUUGGGAAUCUGCAUUUGUGAAAUAUUUUAAUAAGAAUAUUUUCGUGGAUAUUCAUGAAAUAGGUAAGCGAAAACUAAUAUUCGUCUAAUGAACCAAAGACUCAAACAGAUACUGCGUUCGCUCCCGAGAGAAGACGGUGUGUCUGAGUAGAAUUCGCGAAUAAAACUUCAUCACCAGACAAAGUCUCUAACUUUCAUGCCGACAAACGCCGGACAGGUAUUUUUUUUAUGAGAUAUUAUACUAAAAAAGAUUUCAACGGGGGACGUCGGCUCAGCAGGCAACAAAAUUCCGAUAGAUUUGGUUUGAAAAACUGUUUUUGUGGUAUAAGUCGGCUAAUAUAAUCAAAGCAAGUCGACUUGAAGUGAACUUCCAUCGACAAAAACGUAUGGCUUAAGCAAUAUUAUUUUUAUUUUAUUCUCAUGCCGACUCCUCUAUAUGUUUAAAACCCAGUUAUUAGACGGAAAACCUUUGUGGAACAAAAAUAUAUUGAAACCAGAGAUUUUUUUUCAUAAGUCAUCAAGACUCAAGGUGCAGAGUCAAAUAAAAGUGAGAACAGAUUCCGCACACCUUCAGUUAGCUUCAAACGAUACUCGACAACAUAACACAUGGAGAGAAGUCGACUUAGCACAGGCGAUUCGGUAAUCGAUAGAAUAUAGGGUCCAAACAAAUUUUGGUUUUUCUAAGUCGACUUCCCUCCAUGCGUUAAGUCGACUUAGAAAAGGAAACAUUUUGUCGCUGUGUAGUUGUUUGAUUUUAAAAUUGCCUGUGCGAAGUCGAGUUUCCUCCAUAUGUUAAGUCGACUCUCCUGCAUGCGUUAUGUCGACUUAGAAAAACGAAGAUAUUUUUCGGUUUGUGAAAUUCGCCUGAGCUGAGUCGACGUUGCACACCGA